AUGACGGCCCGCCUCCGCCGCUCGCCGGCGGCGUCCCCGCUGGACGACGACGACCUGCUCUGCGAGAUCCUCCUACGCUUCCCCCCGCAUCCCUCCUCCCUCCCGCGCGCCUCCCUCGUCUGCAAGCGCUGGCGCCGCCUCGUCUCCGACACCGGAUUCUCCCGCCGCUUCCGCCUCCGCCACCGCCGCAACCCUCCUCUCCUCGGGUUCUUCGACAGGGACCUCUCCUUCUCACCUACUCUGGAGCCCCCCAACCGUGUCCCUCCCGGCCGCUUCUCCUUGCAGCGCGACGACGACGACGACGACCGCUUUGUACCUCUUGGAUGCCGCCAUGGCCUCGUGCUCAUCUACAUUCCUGCGCGUCUUCAGAUCCUGGUGUGGGACCCCAUCACCGCCGACCAGCACUACAUCGCCAUCCCCCCUGCGGUUGCGGCAUGUCCGGGGAAGGCUCGGAUCAACGGGGCGGUGUUUCGCGCUGCGGGAGACGUCCAACACUUCCAGGUGGUCGCGGUAAUUGCAUACGGCGAUGACCAUCAGCAUAGACGAGCGCUCGCCUGUGUUUACUCGUCUAAGGCCGGCUUAUGGGGAGAUCCCAUCUCAACACCCCUUCCAUACCGGGCAGUCCAGGCUGAUGCAAUCAGUGUUCCCACUCUCGUUUUUGCGGAUGAAGCUGUGCUGGCUGGAGAUUCCCUUCACUGGCUGCUUGAUGGGAAUUUCAAUGGGAUUCUCGAGUUUGAUUUGGAGAAGCAGAGGCUAGCUGUGAUACGGCUGCCAGAGGAGGUCAACUGCUUGAAGCUUGUGGGGGCAGAGGGCGGUGGGCUUGGUCUCCUCGGGCGGUCAGUCACAAGCUGCAUGACCCAGUUAUGGAAGAGGAAGUCCAAUUGUGAUGGUGUUGCUCCAUGGGUGCUAGGAAGGACUAUUGAUCUGGAGGAGAUACUUUCCAUGAAACCAGAGCUGAAAGGGACCUUUGCAGGGGCCACUGCAAUAUUAGGGUUUGCAGAAGACAAUAAUUUGUUGUUGCUGUGGACAAUUACCGGCCUCGUCGUGAUCCAUCUUGAGUCGUUGAAGUUCAAGAAGCUUUUCAAAACUAAUACGUUUUUUCAGUAUCAUGCGUUCGAAGGUGUCUACACUGCUGCAGGUAAUACCUUGUCUUAAGUUGCGGUUAGAACAAA